GAAAUUUGUUUUGGGGAAACGCAUGUUGCACAAACUCACUGCUUCUGCUUUCUCUUGUCUUUUCCCUUUUCCCUCUUCCAGACCAGGAUGAGAGAGCAGCGGAGCUCAGCAGGGAGCAGAACGAGAAGACCAUUCGCAGCACGCAGACAGCUCUCCGCAAUUUCCGAGAGUUCCUCAUCUCCAAGUACCCCUCUGAGACCCGGGAGAUCUACGUCAUCCCCUGCAAAGAGCUUGAUGCCUACCUUGCUUCCUUCUUUGUGGAUGCCAGACAAAAGGAUGGGUCUGAAUACGAGCCAAAUAGUCUGGCCAACUAUCAGUGUGGGUUGGAGCGGUAUCUCAAAGAGCACAGGUAUGGAUACAGUAUUACAAGGGAUAAGGAGUUCAAGAGGUCCCAGGAAGCUCUAAAGCAAAAGCAGAUAGAGCUGAGGUGUAAAGGAAAAGGAAACAAGCCACACAAAUCCAUGAAGCUCACCUUUGCUGAUGAGCUUAUCCUGCGCAAAAGGGGCUUGUUGCGGCGUUUUUUGAACCUUGUCUGGCUAAACAACACCAAGGCGUUUGGACACUGCACGGGUUUCCAUGGGUCCACCCUCAAGUGGGGAGACAUCCGGCUGCGGGUGACAGAGACAGGGUUGGAGUACCUGGAGUGGAUGGGGCCCGACAACGGAGAUGUCAGCGCCAAGAGCAAGAGAGGCGGGACGGACUCCCGGGUGUACGCCACCCAGCACUCCCCACAGACCUGCCCUGUGCAAGACUACAAGGAGUAUGCCCAGAGGCGGCCUCCAGCCAUGCGCUACGAGGACGCGCCUUUUUACCUGUCCAUCAAACCCGUCGUCAACUUGGCCGCGCUUCACUGGUACAAUUGCCAAGCCCUGGGGAAAAACAAGCUUGCCAAGAUGGUAAAGACGAUGUGCGAGAAAGGCAACAUCCCGGGCAGGAAAACCAACUUCAGCGUCUACCAGAGCUGUAGCACCCUCUCAGAAGCGCAGAGCAACCAGCUGGUGCUGAUCUGCAAUAACUUGAGCCAGCAGGCUGCCCAGUCCAUGGCGAGCCAUUCCAAUACUGGCAACUUCAUAGUGUCAGCAUCCUAUGACUCUUCCUCUGACACGGCUUGA